AAUCAAUAAUAAUCUGACUUAUUUUUAACAUUUUAAUGACUAAGACCCUUUAUGGUCCCCGGGAGCCCUAAAGGUAAAAUAAAUAAAAAAUCCAUAUAUUUUGUUAUGGUUUGAAAAUGAAAAAUAUCAAAAUGGCCCCCACAUGCUUUAAUUUUUCCGUGUGCGGCCCUCAGUGGACACUCCUGUCAUAGAGAGUUGGGGUUUCUGUCAAAAGUGUCAUUCGAGUCCUCAGCUGAGUCGGGGUCUGUGUGAAAUACUUGUGUCGAAUAAGCAGCACCAAAAUAACCGGCAAAAAAACCCAAACGCCGAUUGUGGGCGUGGCCUGUGGGCGCGGUUUCCGCGUGUUUGGGCGGGAGGAGCUUUAGAAAACAGGAAAUGUCAUCGACAAAAGUGAAAGUUGUGAGCGCGACGAGGCGAUAAAAGUUCGGAGAGCUGGCCACAUGACGUCUUCUACCAUGGUGCGGAACAGAGAUGGCGUUAAAGGAAGUGACCUGCCAAAGCGCCACUGGUAGACACGGCGGCCAAAGAUGCAGGGGGCCAUCGCACGUGUGUGCGUGGUGGUCGCCGCCGCCAUCUUGAACCACCCCUUGCUGUUUCCCCAAGAGAACGCCACCUCCGCGGUGGAGCAGGACGCGGAGCUGAUGGCGCGCAUGCGGCAGCACGAGGAGAGGCUGGCGAGGGAACGGGCCAAGAUGGAGGUGGCUCUCUCGCAGCCGGAGGAAGGCGCCUGCGACGAGGCGUACAGCUGGUACGUAUGGAGCGCCGUGUCCUUCGCCGUCUUCCUCGCCAUCGAGAUGUGCAGGGCGGACACGGCCGACUCGUACGGCGGGGGUGUGGACGACGAGCUGCCUGAGAGUGGCUGCGUGGACGCCACCUCCAUGGUGCUGGAUAAAGACGUCCUCGCCAACUUCUGUGACAAAUGCACGUACGGCCACGCCCACGACACCGGGAGGGCCAGGGAGUUUGCGGAGGGUUUCGUGGACGACCUCCUGGAGUCUCUGAGGAGCGUCUGUGACCGGGAGGCGGACAUGGAAGUGGAGGACUUUGUCGGGAUGGGGAGCAUGUUCGAGUCCUGGCAGAUGUGGAAGCCCCCGGCGUGCGACUUCAUCGUGCCCUUCUCGCCCCCCGACCCGCUGGCCUUCCGGGUCAGCUUGUGGUGCGAGCCGUCCAGCGACGUGCCGCCCGACCGGCGGGGGUGCGGCACCAUCCGGGUGAGCCGGCCCGGGGACCCCGAGGGCGGGUGCCUGUGUGGUUCCGCCAACAUGGGCGAGGACAUGCUGUGUCUGCUGCACGGCAACCAGCUGCACGCCUACGUGGACCCCAGAGGACGCUCUCUCCUGGCCAAAGGUGGAGUCAUGACGUGGUUCCAGGUGUCCCUCACCAAAGCAUGGGGGCGCAUCUCCCACAAGUACGACUUUGAGGUCACCUUCCGCAGCCUGGACACGGCGGGCGCCUUGAAGAUCCGAUUCCCUUCCGGGAAAGCCAUGAUGGUGAACAUCAUCCCCGCGGUCCAGCUGGCGGACACCGACGCCUACUUGGUCUCGCACUUCCCGUCGGACUGCGGCGGACCUCCAGACCCGUUCUGGCCUCUCUCGCUGGCCGUCUACGAGAGGAACCUCCUCAAACACCUGGCCAGGCCACUCCCACAGCCCUCCUGCCACCUGCACUGCCUGCAGGUGGUCACCUUCCUGCACAGGAAGCAGACGGCGCUGACGGGCGGGAACGCUCUGCUGGACUACCACUGGAAGACGGUGGUGCUGCACCUGCUGCUGCUCCACCCGGCGCCCGCCUGGGCCGCCGACAGGACGGAGUGCAGACUGAGGGACGUGCUGGGCUUCAUGCACAGGAGCCUCCGGGAGAAGAGACUCCAUCACGUCCUGAUCGGGAACCGCAGAGUCCCGGGAGAGCUGCGGCUGCCGGAGACCAUCCGCAGAGCGGAGCCCGUCAACCUGUUCCGGAGUUUGGUGCUGAGGAGGGACCAGUACGCCAACACGGUGCGCCACCUCCAGGAGAUGAUGAGGAAUGCGGCCAUGUUGUUACAAGAGUACACGCCGCUCUUGUCUAAUGGAAGCUUUCAUUACUAGAAGUAUUGUAUUUAUAUAUAAUACAUAUCAUUACUAGAAGUAUUUAUUAGGGGUGUAACGGUACGUGUAUUUGUAUUGAACCGCUUCGAUACGGGGGGUUCGGUUCGGAGGUGUACCGAAAGAGUUUCCACACGGACAUAUUAAGUAGCCGCCUAAGCUGAAGUCUUAACAAGAUGCUCCGCUUUCUUCUGCCUGUCUCUGUCAGUCCUCUACACAACACCCAGCAUUGUCCCACCCAUACAACCAUCUGAUUGGUUACAAACAGAGCGGUAACAGCCAAUCAGCAGUGCGUAUUCAGAGCACAUGUAGUCAGUGCUUAGUGUUUAGCAGGUAAUCAUCAGGCCCCGGACUCUCCCCAAAUGAUAAUAAACACCUCCCAGUCAACUACUAGUAACAUCACUAUGAGCCCGUUGACCUUCUAGAAACAUAAACGGCACCUCAAGCUCGCAGUCCUAGCUUGAGGUGAAGGCUAAUUCGCUUUUAGCGUAACGUUAGCUCAUUUUGCUGUGUGUGUGUGUGUUACGGACAGCAAAGCCCUGUCUGUCUGUUAUUUCACUUGACCUUUUUCUGUGUUGAUUGAGCUGUGUUGAAGCAGCAAAAAAGGACAUUACCGUAUUUCCUUGAAUUGCCGCCGGGAAUAUAGUAUUCGCCUGCCUAGAAUUACAGCCGGGUCAAACUCGUUUCGCAAAAUAAUUAGCGCAUGCUUGGCACUAACGAUUAAUUUGAUAAUCGAGUAAUCUGUCGAUUAUUACUUCGAUUAAUAAUCGGAUAAGAGACAAACUACAUUUCUAUCCUUUCCAGUAUUUUAUUGAAAAAAACAGCAUACUGGCACCAUACUUAUUUUGAUUAUUGUUUCUCAGCUGUUUGUACAUGUUGCAGUUUAUAAAUAAAGGUUAAUUUAAAAAUAAAAAAAAUUUAAUUUAAUUUUAUUUAUUUUUUUAAAUAGCCUCUGCGCAUGCGCAUAGCAUAGAUCCAACGAAUCGAUGACUAAACUAAUCGGCAACUAUUUUUAUAAUCGAUUAGUUGUUGCAGCCCUAGCCGAUAUCCGAUAUUCCAAUAUUGUCCAACUUUUAUUUACUGAUACCGAUAUCAACCGAUACGAUAUAUACAGUCGUGGAAUUAACACAUUAUUAUGUCUAAUGUGGACAACCAGGUAUGGUGAAGAUAAGGUCCUUUUUAAAAAAUAAUAAUAAAAUAAAAUAAGAUCAAUUAAAAACAUUUUCUUGAAUAAAAAAGAAAGUAAAACAACAUAAAAACAGUUACAUAGAAACUAGUAAUGAAUGAAAAUGAGUAAAAUGAAGUGUUAAAGGUUAGUACUAUUAGUGGAGCAGCAGCACGCACAAUCAUGUGUGCUUACGGACUGUAUUCCUUGCAGACUGUAUUGAUAUAUAUUGAUAUAUAAUGCUUACGGACUGUAUCCCUUGCAGACUGUAUUGAUAUAUAAUGCCUACGGACUGUAUCCCUUGCAGACUGUAUUGAUAUAUAAUGCUUACGGACUGUAUCCCUUGCAGACUGUAUUGAUAUAUAUUGAUAUAUAAUGCUUACGGACUGUAUCCCUUGCAGACUGUAUUGAUAUAUAAUGCUUACGGACUGUAUCCCUUGCAGACUGUAUUGAUAUAUAUUGAUAUAUAAUGCCUACGGACUGUAUCCCUUCCAGACUGUAUUGAUAUAUAAUGCUUACGGACUGUAUCCCUUGCAGACUGUAUUGAUAGAUAUUGAUAUAUAAUGCUUACGGACUGUAUCCCUUGCAGACUGUAUUGAUAUAUAAUGCUUACGGACUGUAUCCCUUGCAGACUGUAUUGAUAUAUAUUGAUAUAUAGUGCCUACGGACUGUAUCCCUUGCCGACUGUAUUGAUAUAUAUUGAUAUAUAAUGCUUACGGACUGUAUCCCUUGCAGACUGUAUUGAUAUAUAUUGAUAUAUAAUGCCUACGGACUGUAUCCCUUGCAGACUGUAUUGAUAUAUAUUGAUAUAUAAUGCUUACGGACUUUAUCCCUUGCAGACUGUAUUGAUAUAUAUUGAUAUAUAAUGCCUACGGACUGUAUCCCUUGCAGACUGUAUUGAUAUAUAUUGAUAUAUAAUGCCUACGGACUGUAUCCCUUGCAGACUGUAUUGAUAUAUAUUGAUAUAUAAUGCUUACGGACUGUAUCCCUUGCAGACUGUAUUGAUAUAUAUUGAUAUAUAAUGCCUACGGACUGUAUCCCUUGCAGACUGUAUUGAUAUAUAAUGCUUACGGACUGUAUCCCUUGCAGACUGUAUUGAUAUAUAUUGAUAUAUAAUGUAGGAAGCAGAAUAUUAAUAACAGAAAGAAACAACCCUUUUGUGUGAAUGAGUGUAAAUGGGGGAGGGAGUUUUUUUGAGUUGGUGCACUAAUUGUAAGUGUAUCUUGUGUUUUUUAUGUGGAUUUAAUAAAAAACAAAAAACGAUACCGAUAAUUUCCGAUAUUACAUUUUAAAGCAUUUAUCGGCCGAUGUUAUCGGACAUCUCUACUUGAAACUGUUUAAUGUUGCACUUUUUAUAUGUAGAAGAAAAGUUUUGUCAUUUUAUUUGAUCUGAGCAACAACUUGAGGCAGUUUAAUGUCGAUUAACGCGGGCAGAAUUAUUAUAAUGUACCCAAUGUUAAAAGGAUAAAGCCAUUGUUUACAAAUUUAGUAAAUAAAUAACCAAAAAAAUGUUUAUUUUGUUGUUUUCUUACUGUACCGAAAAUUAACCGAACCGUGACCUCUAAACCGAGGUAUGUACCGAAAUGUUUGUGUACCGUUACACCCCUAAUAUAUAUAUAUAUAUAAUAUAUAUCAUUACUAGAAGUAUUGUAGUGCACUUGUUAUAUUUGUAGUGGACCAAACAAGAAUGUAAUCUCAUAUCGACAAUGAGAGAGUUUGUCUCUUUGUUACACAACUUUGUGGACAAAUUGUGCAACUCUUCUGCAUGCUGUGUGUGUCUGUUACACACUCUUAUUACUGCACUUGUGUGUGUCUGUUACGCACUCUUAUUACUGCACUUGACACACACCUCUCUGACAGGGGUGUCCAAACUUUUUCCACAGAGGGCCACACGCCCAAAAAUGAAAGAACUUUGCUACAUUUUGUACAUUAAAGACACUAAA